GGGCGAGACUCAAAAAAAAAGAAAGAUGGGGGUUGGGAGGAGAAGGAAGGACUUUUCAUGUUCGUUUCUCAAUCCUGAAGUGAAUUUUUUCUCCUUCUUCCGUUUUUACCUGGAAUUCGGAUUCCGUUUCCUAUUCGGGAUUUCAGAUUCCUGAUUUUAGCCUGGGGAUUCCGGAGUCCGGAGUCUGGAGUUCGGAGUCCGGAAUCCAGAUCUUCCAGCAGAUUUUCCUUGAACGUGACGCCGCUGGCAUGAAACUGUCGUGACUCGUGUGGGUUCGGUUCGGGGUGAUUAUGGAAUUCUCCGCACCUUUUCUCGCCACUUACUGGCCGUAUAUUGUCUCGAUUUUGACUGGAUUCUUCAUCGCCCAACUUAUUAGAGGAGUUUUUCAAUCUCCGACACCGAGCUACACGGUUGAUGUGGAUCCUCUAGAGGAUAGUGACGUCGUUGCUAUACCUCCUCCAGAUCCACUGGGAUUUCGAACAAGUGGAGAGGGCGAAGCUGCACAUAUACCUUAUCCCUGGUUUGACGAUCGCUUGACCGAGGAAGAAAUGAAGAAAAAGUCAGCCGAGUUCUACGAAAAGAUGAACAAACGGCGAACAGUUCGGAAAAUCAGCGACGAAGACAUUCCAUUGGAAGUCGUAGAAAACAUAAUCAGAACUGCAGGAACAUCCCCUAGUGGAGCUCAUACAGAACCUUGGACCUUUGUAGUAGUGAAAGACAAAGCACUUAAAGCAACCAUCCGUGAGAUUGUAGAAGAAGAAGAAAAACUGAACUAUGCCAGACGAAUGGGAGAGAAGUGGUUAAAGGAUUUGGAGUUUGUGAAGACAACAUGGUCUAAACCAUACCUGAACAGUGCACCUUAUCUUAUCCUGAUUUUCAAGCAAGUCUAUGGAUUCAGAGAGGACGGCAGUAAGAGGACACAUUACUAUCAUGAAAUGAGUGUCUGCAUCUCAGUUGGUCUUCUUCUAGCAGCCAUUCAGAACGCAGGAUUGGUGACAGUAACCUCCACUCCAAUGAACGCUGGGCCACGAUUGAGGGAUUUACUGGGAAGGAAAGCCAACGAAAAGCUGAUGUUACUGCUUCCUAUUGGUUACCCAGCUAAUGACGCCCUGGUACCAGACAUCAAAAGGAAACCACUUGAAGAUAUAAUGAUCAUGAAGUAGGCUAAGCUCACACAUGCAUGAGACACAUGCAAACUACUUGCUACAGGGAAUGUUCGGUUUUGGUGUCUCUAUAAAGUAUAGCUUUGAGUUCCAACCCCCGAAAAAAAAGUAAGAUUUAAAGUUCCCGCUUAAGCCAAGCCCAUUCAAGUUGACAGCGCAUACAGAAGAGAACUUGUGAUCUAUUUUGUCAUGUCACUUUUGGAACAACAGAUCUUACCAUGAAAAUCCAUAUCAUCUCACUUUUUAGCUGUCCCCUGCAAACUGAGAACAACUUAUAACGACCCGAGUUUCUACACACAGGUAUUUUGGAGAACAUGACCCACUUCUGACAGCUAAUGUUUGACCCCUCCAUUUGAAAUUAAAUGUCUCCUUCAUGUGUUC